AUGAAAAUCUCUAUGAAAAGCAUAGAACCAUCUAAAGAAGACCAAAGGGCGAGACCAGAAGUGGUUUCUCUCAGUGAGGCAAAGGGGGGAAGUGGGGCCAAUAUUGGUAAAGUUCAGAGAUAUACUGAAAGUUCGUUAGAAAAUACAAGAAUCGAACACACCCCUAUUAAAUCUGCUAUUCAAAUGGAAAAAGCUGGGAGCGACAAUACCAAAGCAAGACGAUCUGGAUCACGCGGAUCAGAUAUAAAGGAUAGGCAGAAGGUUAAAAAGAAUUCCAAGAAAUACGCCCCUUCGAAGAAACCAUCCUUGGGAGAGCUCAUAGUAAUGAAAUGCAGAGAAAAUGAAAAAAUGGAUGAAAUGUCGAAACCGAAAGUGGUCCCGCUAAGGACAGUAAUCAGUGAGGCAAUUCAAAUGAAGAAGGCAAAGGAUAGAAGACAUACUGGAGGUUCGUUAGACAAUGCAAAAUUCGACAAUACCGCCACCAAAUCCGCUUUUCACGUUGAAAAAGAAGGGAUCGAAUAUAUCGUACCAAGAGGAUCAGGAUCACAUGGAUCUAAUGUGCGAGAUGGACAGGAUAUUAGAAUAAUUCUCAAAAAAUACGAUCCUGUCACAAAAUCUACACAGUCAGUGGACAAAAGUAUCUCUAUUCAGGGCAGAGAACAACCAAAAGAAAAUCAAAGGUCGAAACCAGAAGUUGGUCCUCUAGAAGUAAAAUUGGUAUUAUGUUUAAUGGUGGUCAUGAUUGGUGUAGUUGCUAGUCAGUUUGAUUCCUGUGAUGAUAAAUGUCACCGGACAUUAAACCACUGUAUUAGAUAUUACCACUGUGACGACAUUGGUACUGAUGAAGAUUACUAUAAAUGUGAAUGGCCUUGUUGGAAGAUUGCUAAUGGAUGCUACAAAAGAUGUGUGCAAAGAGAAAUGAUUGUUCACCCUGAAACGGUUCCCAAUAAGAAAUAGAUUCCUCUUGUCAUUCUAGCACAGAAUUGAUUAAAUUGAAUGGACUAAUAACUAUUCUCUUCUUUGCGUCUAUACAAUACAUGCAACGAAACACUGUUAGAUGAUACCAUUGCUAUUCAUCUUAUUAUUGAAAUUAUUUCAACUAUUUCCAGAAUUAUGAUUAGGUCUUUAAUAAAUUUUCUUAUAAAUCUC